CCUAAUCAAUUUCCGGUUAGUGUUUAUUUCGUUUUAGCGCGCGUUGCCGUUUACUAGAAGGCUAACUUUCUAGUUCAGUCUGCUAUAAAGUACUGAAAAUGUCAAACACCAGGCUACAGAACUUCCGUAGCUUUUUAACAGAACAUUUUACCACAUUUGCAGUGGACGUUUUUAGUGAAGUUGAAAGUAUCGUUGAGGCAUAUUACGAAGAAAACAAACGGCUGAAGAGCAUUCUGCACAUGGUGCUCAAUCCCCGGAUAAAGUUAUCCAAGAUAGAUAUCAAUCACUACAUUGAAGCAAACACAGGUAUCAGUGAGCAGCCUACGGAGCCAAAUGGGUCAGACAGUGAAAUAUCAGAUCAUCUCCCUACAGAACCUAAAGAGGAGCAGAUUGAAUGCAGCAUAACUUGUGAAUCAAACCAACAAGAAUGGCCAGUGGAAAAGGAGAACAUUCAAAUGCAAGUCUGUGUGAAAGAAGAUCCAGAGGAAGAGAAAACAAGCAUGCCCUGCAUUGCUUCCUCGUAUUGCAUUCAAGAGUAUAACCCAGACUCCUCCGGCACUGUCUCAGUUGAGGAAGAGAGAGAUGAACACAGUGAUUCUUUCUCUGUGGUAUCAGAAGAAGAUGCACCAUAUUCACCACUAUCUGAGGGCAAGGAAAGCAUGAGCAACAGCGUGGACCUCCAAGACAGUCAUGAAACUUCAAAUACCAAAAACCCAAAGUCCUCCCAUCAAAAAACCAUGCUGCAGAUACCCAGGAUGAUGGUCCUUGGAUCUUUAGAUGUUAACCCACACGACCAACAGUCCUUUUUACAAAGACUUCACGAAGCCUUUAAGGAUUUUCCUGAGGAUGAGAAACCUUUGAUUACCAAAAUGGGCCUCACAACGGACGUGGAAUGGGUGGAGUGUGCUGUUGGUCUAGUCCCUAAAGGUUCCCCCCUGUCCUAUCAGUUACCCUUGCCAUCAAGUAAGGAUUUCAAACCUCAUGAUGAUGCUCCUCUGCAACCACUGCUUCCCUUGAGUUAUUGCACCCUGGAGCCAGCAUCUACCACUCCUACCCUCACAGCAGAGGAGCAGGUAUAUGUAAAUGACAUGCAUGUCACCUGGGAAGAAGCACAAUAUCUGCAGAGCUCCACCCGUGGAUGCAAGGAGUCUGCGGAGAAGCUGCAAAAGAUGCGCAUAACCAGCCGUUUUAGAGAAAUCUGCAAACUGAAACCAGGGCAGAGCCAUGCAGAACAGCUGGUGUUAAAAAUUCUGAGAGGCCCCCCCAGGUGCAAGACAACACAGAUAGAUCAGGAAAUGAAGCCUGGAGCUGUUCGGGAAUACUGCAAACAUUUGUGUGUCAACUGGUCCCCCUGUGGUUUGGUUGUCCAUCCAAAUGCUCCAUGGCUGGCAGCAAUACCUGAUGGGUUGGUGUACGACCCUAAAGAGCAGAGCAGUCAUGGACUGCUGCAUAUCAAAUGCGCCCAUCUCCAAAGCUUCGUGGAAUGUAGUUUUCUGAUCUGCAGAGAUGGAGUCUUACAGCUGAAGAGGUCCCAUGCAUACUAUUGGCACAUCCAAGGAGAGAUGAUGAUUACGGGCAUGUCAUGGUGUGAUCUCUUGGUCCACUCCAGAGGAGACAUAUUGGUUCAACGGAUCUACCGCGAUGAGGCCACCAUCAGACUAAUGAAUAAGAAGUUGGAGGAGUUUUUCUUCUCCUACUACCUGCCGAGUCUGGUUUAACUGAGAGCUUGAGUGUUGGUGUGAUCACGCACUGCCGUAUAGAUAUUGUCACUGCAGCAAAAGUUUGAUCAGGUGAAGUAGUUUUCCUGAUUGAACAGUCGAGUAAUGCAGCUAACUACACAAAAGACACAACAUUUCCUCUGACUUAUUCAGCGUCUCGUCUGUUAAUAAGUGGGAAGCAUUAAUUGCUUGAAAGCGCUGACUUUGCCUAAAAAAGAGUAAACUAUAAAUUGAUGUUUAAAAACCAAAAAUUGGCACACAGCUCAAAGUUACACCCCAAACCACAUACAUGUAGGUUAAAACUAAGAGAGCUGAAAACAGUGAUGUUAUGAACUAAGAUUCCUUUCUAACUGUUAGUGCAAUUCAGGGACUGAACACUGGAGAGGAGACUGGCAGUGGUGCUUAACAUGGAUAAAAAGCAUGAUUUCUCCUCAGGUUUUCAGUUCCAGCAACGUAAAACCAAGUUUUCUUGUAAAUGUGCUUAAUGUUUUUUGAAUCUUUGACAGUUUUUAAAGAAUUUUUUUGUAGCAAAUAUAUUAUUUUUGAGUGGAAUUUCAACAUGUUGCUAAGUGAAAAAUUCCCCCUUUUGUUCACUGUUCACUUUGUUUUUGGAUACUUUUUCUUGUUUUUCUGUUUGAGCUGAAAUA